CCUGGUAGUGUAGGAAUUUCCGGUUACGUCAGGGCGUCGGGACUCCAUUAGAGCUGCAGCUGUUUUGAGAGAAACAACAACAAAAACGGGCUAACUGACAGCGCCUCAGUAGUGACAGUCCGCUCUGACUCGACAACGAGGCCUCAAACCUGGAAAGUUAACCUUCAUUUCCCACCCGGAGCUCCGCCGGCUUCUAACCACGGCCGCUCUCGGUGAGGAAACUCUGGCCUCCGCUUCCUCCUCCUCCGACUCGGACACCGGCGGAGCGUCGCCGCCCCCGCGGAAGAAGCACCGAGCCUCGGCGGCGGAGGGAGCAGGAGAGCCCGGGGCUUCAGCAGUUAUAACAGGCCUGUCCGGAGUUGUCCUAGGACUUGCUACACACUCUCCACACUCUCAAGCCACCUCUGCCAUCCACUUUAACCGAAGUGUUGUCAACAACCUUAGCAGCAGCAUGCAGGCAAACGGGGCAGGACAGGGACAAGAAUCCUCAGAGCUCUCCUGCCUUAACAGCGCACAAAACGGGGAGUCAUCCUCGGCCGGCGGAACCCAUUCCAAUGGGCUUCUCUCCAACACAGACAACGGGAAUAGUGUCGGUACUAGUAACGGGUCUUCAACCGGUCCCGGUUCGGGGACAACGGCUACGGCCUCGAGCUCGGAGGUCGGUUCGUUGAAAAAGAAAAAACGACUAUCGCAGGCGGAGGAAGAUGUCAUACGAUUAAUAGGGCAACAUCUCCACGGACUAGGGCUGAAUCAGACAGUGGACCUGCUGAUGCAGGAGUCAGGCUGCAGACUGGAACACCCCUCAGCCACCAAGUUCCGCAACCAUGUCAUGGAGGGGGAGUGGGACAAGGCUGAGAAUGAUCUCAAUGAGCUGAGAGCACUGAUGCAUUCUCCCAAUGCUAUUGUGCGUAUGAAGUUCCUGCUACUGCAGCAGAAGUACCUAGAGUAUCUGGAGGAUGGCAAAGUCCUGGAGGCUCUGCAGGUGCUCCGGGGAGAGCUGACGCCACUCAAGUACAACACAGAUCGCAUCCACGUACUUAGCGGUUACUUAAUGUGUAGCCAUGCUGAGGAUCUGAGGGCCAAGGCAGAGUGGGAGGGCAAGGGCACCGCCUCGCGCUGCCGGUUGCUGGACAAAUUACAGACAUACCUGCCACCUUCUGUAAUGCUGCCCCCUCGGCGGCUGCAGACGCUGCUGAGACAAGCGGUGGAACUGCAGAGGGACCGCUGCCUCUAUCACAACACCAAGCUGGACAAUAACCUGGACUCUGUCUCUCUCCUCCUCGAUCACGUCUGCAGCAGGAAGCAGUUCCCCUGUUACACCCAGCAGAUUCUGACAGAGCACUGUAAUGAAGUGUGGUUCUGCAAAUUCUCAAAUGAUGGCACCAAACUAGCCACUGGGUCUAAAGACACUACCGUCAUUAUUUGGCAAGUGGACCCGGAGAGCCACCAGUUGAAGCUGCUGCGAACCCUGGAUGGUCAUGCUUAUGGUGUCUCUUACUUAGCCUGGAGUCCUGAUGACACCUACCUGAUUGCCUGUGGACCUGAUGACUGCUCUGAGCUGUGGCUAUGGAAUGUGCAGACGGGGGAGCUGCGGACCAAAAUGUCCCAGUCCCAUGAAGACAGUCUGACCAGUGUGGCCUGGAACCCUGAUGGCAAACGUUUUGUCACUGGAGGACAGAGGGGACAGUUUUAUCAAUGUGACCUUGAUGGUAACCUGUUGGACUCCUGGGAGGGCGUCAGGGUGCAGUGCCUGUGGUGCCUGAGUGAUGGUAGAGCAGUGCUGGCCUCAGACACCCACCAACGUAUCCGGGGGUACAACUUUGAGGACCUUACGGACAGAAACAUAGUUCAGGAGGACCACCCUAUCAUGUCUUUUACUGUUUCAAAGAAUGGAAGAUUAGCUUUGUUAAAUGUAGCAACUCAGGGAGUGCACCUGUGGGAUCUUCAAGACCGGGUGUUGGUAAGGAAGUACCAAGGUGUGACCCAGGGCUUCUACACCAUCCACUCCUGCUUUGGAGGACACAAUGAAGACUUCAUUGCCAGUGGAAGCGAAGAUCACAAAGUGUACAUCUGGCACCGGCGCGGUGAACUUCCCAUUGCUGAGCUAACGGGCCACACACGCACUGUUAACUGUGUAAGCUGGAACCCAGCCAUCCCAGGACUCAUGGCCUCUGCCUCAGAUGACGGCACAGUGCGUGUGUGGGGUCCUGCACCCUUCCUGGACUCACAAGAGGCAGAUGGACUCAACGAGAACUGCAGUAACAUGGACAGUUGAUGGUCAUUUAUGGACCAGAUGAUGUCUCUCUUUAACAACAACCCAAGGAUCCCACAAGAAAAAAAACAAAAUCUGAACGAGCGAAUAAAAUCUUACACUGACCUAAAGCACGAGAAGAAUAAGAAAUAAGACCCGCAAAGACAAAAGAGAAAACUAAAGUGAGAAAAAUUUGUCUCCUGACUGGCCUAGACAAAAUGGUGGCGUUUAUGACGGACACUCUGAAAAUUCAGGUCCGCAUUCAAAACCUGAUCCUGACCCGCAGGAAAACCAGUCAAUGCCCAGCGGGAUAUGACCGCCAUGCUCUGGUGAGCUGUAACGGCUGUUCUCCUCCUCCAACUGACCCUUCUUCCUCCCAUCUUGCUGCAUGGUCACCAGCCAUGCCAGGCCCUCGCAGAGUUUCCCAGGAAACCCACCUCCACCAUGAGCUUGGAGCGUCCCCAUGAUGCCUCCAGACAGACACCGUGCAGACCAGCCGUCUGCUCAUUGGACUACAUUCUGUCUGCCUGUUUGUCUCUCACAAUACCUGUAUAUGUCUCCAUGGACAUGGGUGGGGUGUUGUUGGGGGAGGAUGGUGCAUAUGGGGAUAUAGCAACUCUCCUAUACGUAUGUUUUCCUCUUCCACAGUCUCUUGCUAUAUUCUUCAUAUUCGAUCUGUUGGACAGAGACCGAAAAAAUCCACCACGAAAACACAGACUGACCAGCUGACAAAGAACCCAAAAAGGCUAUGCUAAAUGUUGGAUUUUUUUAUGAUAGUCAUAGCGUAAUUCUCAUUUAAGAGGUGAAUCUUAGCUCAAGUAGUGCCCGUGGAAAGCUUUAGUGUGAAGAUUCCACUUUCUGUUUGUCGACAUUAGGAAAACAAACUUUUUAUUCCUUAAUUUAACUUCUAACAAGGACAGUCGCUGUAAUGUUUCCAACUGACAGCCCCCAGCCCCCUCUUCCUCUGUCGAGCUAGCUACCGCACAACUCCAUUACAUCUGCCUAAGAGGAGAAGGAUUCACAGGUCACAUAUCAUCGGUGGGGGGGGUCAGAUGUUGUUGGGGAGGUGGGUUUCCCCUCUGUCUGGACAUAUACUAUGAUCUUUUUUAAAAGACAUGCUUUCAGAUGUGAAAGAGGUCGACUUAGAUUGCACACCGGUGACUGCUGUCCCUCCUCUGUUUGUGUGUGUGAGAGUGAUUGAGAGCGUUUACGCAUGCACACAUUAAUGAGAUUUUACAUUUGUGGGUGCAGGUUUAAUUGGUGUGUGUGUUUUUUUUGUAUGUGUGCUCAGUUUCACACCAGCAGAAGAUCCACCCCCCUCCCUUAUGCUCCUAAUCCCAUAGUUAAAUUGUAAAGAGGAUUUUAAACCAAGUCUAAGUUAUCCAAAGCCCCAUAGGGACCUCUAUCUGUGGAACAAAGAAUACUUGAGAGCCAUUUUGUAAAAGAAAAACUUUUCUUUAAUCUGGGGCUUUAAUUUUUACAUUUGAAUUUGUUUCUCCUUACCACUUGGCAUUCAAAUGGCACUGAGUUACUGGCAGCAAAUCAUUUUUGCUUGAAUAGAAAUUUUAAAAGAGUGAAUUUGAAUGAGGCAUGUUUCACAAAGCUGUAAGGUGUUGUGUUAUUAGCAAAGGGUCAUUUCAUAUGAGAAGUCAUCGAUUGUAAUUAUUGGUUGAGUAGUUAGAGAGAAGAGGCACCAGUGACCAGAACCAGCGACGUUAGGGAGUGUUGUUGCAAUCCUAAAACACAUACACUGAAACUGCCUUCCUGUUCAUACAGUUGCGCACAACCCUCGAGUAUGUCGUCCCCCCCGCACUUUGAGUGGUCUUUCUUCUCUCUUGCACCUACUGCAAUGGCAUAAUCCAUAAGGUUCACACAGUCUUAUGGUCGCCACACUUGCCGUUUUGAUGACUCAAAAGGCUGCAUUGGCAAAGACUCAAAAUGUUAUGGGAGGUAGCUACAGGACCUCUCCUUCAGUAUGCCUCUAUGCACCCAAAAGCAGUGACUGAUUUACCUUGUAGACAUUUUAAAAACUGAGCCUUGUGCAAAUAAGGCACAAUGGCCUCACCUCGAGGGUACCACUCCUGGAACUUAGAGAGAGUUCAGCAUUAAACACCCCUCCCCUAUGCUCUCAAUCCAAGUUAUUCAGUGGUCAUUGCACCAUUAAAAGCUUUCUUCCUCCCUUUUUCAGGGUAUGUAAUGACUAUUUGCUACAGACUGCUAUACAGUAAAACAUGUUAAAAAUCAGUGCUUUUCUGUCUGUUUUUAUUGAACUUUUUUGUUACUUAAAUUUUUUGUUCACAUUAUAUCAUUUUUUGGUUGACCUCUAUCCCUUGUAUGAUCAUAUUAAAAUAUAACCAGAUA